UUCUGGCAGUGGUUUCUCAGAGAUUUGACAGGAAUGCUCGGAGGCAUAUUGUUCGCCUUUUAUCAGGGCUCUAACCUUGACAGUGACGCUAAAAUGUGGCGUUUAGUUGCGGACUUUAUGAAUGACCUUGGAAUGUUGAUGGAUCUCUUAAGCCCUUUGUUUCCUUCAUCAUUGAUAGUCAUAAUGUGCUUAGGCAGCUUAUCUCGCUCAUUCACUGGUGUUGCCAGUGGAGCAACUAGAGCAGCAUUAACACAGCAUUUUGCACUUGCAAAUAAUGCAGCUGAUAUAUCUGCAAAGGAGGGCAGCCAGGAGACACUUGCAACAAUGUCUGGAAUGGGAUUGGGAAUGCUCUUAGCGCAUGUUACCAGGGGGCAUGAUUUUGUUGUAUGGGUUUCAUUCCUUUCUCUCACAAUAUUCCAUAUGUUCGCAAAUUACAAGGCAGUGCAGUCACUUUCACUCAGUACACUAAAUUAUGAGAGAACUUCCAUCUUGCUGCAUUCUUUUAUGGAAGAUGAUGAAGUUCUUACUCCACAACAAGUUUCCAAGCAAGAGCAUAUUCUUCCGUUUUGGUCAACCUGGCGGAAAUUGCUUAGAGUUAAACUUCCACAUGAGCUUGUACAUCUAGGUGCUAAAGCCUCAACUCUGACACACUCUGAUAUGUUGCUAAUUGCGAAAACAAAAUCCUACUAUACAAAUGCCAACUACUUUUUGCUGGACAAGGAAGGCAGUGUUCACAUUUUCAUACACAAGCAAGCAGUGGCAACUGAUGUUUUGAAGUCCUUUAUACAUGGGCUCGUCUUAGCACGUCUGAUGCAGAAGAGCAGAUCUUGCCACGCCGAGGCUCACAAAUGGAUGGAUGAGAAAUACAACACCUUCAUCUCAAAGCUGAAACUGGAAGGUUACUCAACAGAACGGCUUCUCUCGCAUUCGAUUGUUUGGAAGGCACAUUGGCUUUACGGUCCAUUGGAUGAGAAGACAAAGUAGGAGGAAACAGCUGUAGAUGGUAGUACCUAUUCGACAUGGCCGUGUUGUAUGCCGAAGGAUGUGCAGGGUCAGGACCGAACUGUCAGAGCAAAGAAAGCACAAGCAGAUGGCGAAAUUAAGAGUAGCAGAGAGAAGGAAACAGAAGACUAAAAUUAUUCAUGUCACCUAGCUAACUGAUGUUCUCCUGCAAAGUGAAUCCACGCUACUGGAAGUUCUAACACAUUGUUAAAGUAUUGAAUUUCUCUAGUCCUAGUUUCUGUCAUGUUGCACAAUUCGGCAGUUCCAUCGUAAAGGGCUUGGACUUGUGAA